UAGUCGCUUCUUAAACUUAAAGCAAGUUGGAAGGAUGGCGGAGAGUUACCCCCUAUCAGCGUGGAACACGCCCGACAAGAAGGUUCCGUUAGAGGAGCUUCUCGAGGAAUCCUCCUCCUCCUCGUCCUCUGCAGCUUCCCUCCGGAAUGUGCAGCUCCAAGGUGUGCCACCGCAGCACGUAACUGUCCACCUGAAGCCUGUGGAGGAGCGAGGGCCGGACUACCGGUACCCGGAGUUCGUGAACUACGCCCUGGAGGAGCCUUUCCUCCUCAAGUCAGAGGUGGAGAAGUGUGAGAAGUUCCCCCACCUUAAGGACGAGGCAGACCAGCAGCACAGAGACGCUUUCUUCUCACUCCAGGCUAAGAUCGAGUCCAGACAGCUCGAUGAGAUGAAGAGGGAGUCCUUCAGGCGUUAUGUCGGGGUGUCGACCUGGCGGGGACAGUGCACCUGUAAGGUGUGCAUGGUUUACCUGAUGGCGUUCUUCAUGUUGCUGCUGAUGGGAGUGUGUGCUGUCGGGAUGAUCUUCAACAUUGUCAUGGGUAAUAACCUCUUCAUCCCCGUCAUGCCCAUGGUCAAACGACCUUCUCAGCCUAAAGUUGGGCCCAGCGCCCCCGGCCAAGGCCCCCCAGGUUACGCCCCGCAGUGCCCUGAUGAGGACAACGACCACAGGUUUGACUGUUACCCCGAGGCCGUCGCUUCUCAGGCCAAAUGUGAGGGUAGGGGGUGCUGCUGGCGGAAACCUAACGGUGUGCCGUUCUGCUUCUUCCCUCCGGGCUAUCCCUCCUACAGCCUAGGGGAGGUGAAGGACACCCCGCUGGGCGCCACAGCAGUUCUCACCAGGGAUAAUGCCUCCAGCCCCUACCCUAAAGAUGUAAACCAGCUCACCAUGGACCUCAGGUUUGAGACCAACGGCAGACUGCCUGAUCUACGCAGACCAGUUCCUGGAGCUGUCCACCUCGCUGCCGUCCCGGAACAUCUACGGUCUGGGCGAGCACCGCGGGCCGUUCCGGCACAGCCUGGACUGGGUCCGCAUCCCCUUCUGGGCGCGGGACAAGUCAACCGCAUCGGCCAAGGAGGAUGUGACGAACCUGUACGGCUCCCACCCGUUCUACCUGUGUGUGGAGGAGGACGGACAGGCACACGGGGUCUUCCUGCUCAACAGCAAUGCUAUGGAGGUGAUUCUGCAGCCUGCCCCGGCACUGACCUGGCGAACCAUCGGGGGGAUCCUGGACUUCCACAUCUUCCUGGGCCCGGACCCUGAUUCUGUCAUACGGCAGUACUGGGAGGUCAUAGGCUACCCCAUGAUGCCCCCGUACUGGGCGUUAGGGUUCCAUCUGUGCCGCUGGGGGUACGGCUCUGCCAACAGGACUAUGGACAUUGUGCAGAAGAUGAGAAACGCUGGAAUUCCGCAGGAUACGCAGUGGAAUGACAUCGACUACAUGACUCGUCACCUGGACUGGACAUACGAUGGGGACAAGUUUGCGGAGCUGCCUGAAGUCGUUAAGGACCUGCAUGAUCACGGCCAACACUACAUCAUGAUCGUGGACCCAGGCAUUAGUAACAUGCAGAAGGCAGGCACGUACCCUCCCUAUGAUGUCGGGCUGAAGAGGGGAGUGUUCAUUAACGACACCAACGGGAACCCCAUUGUGGGAAGCGUCUGGCCAGGAGAUACCACGUUCCCAGACUUCACCAAUCCCAUCACCCAACAGUGGUGGCAGGAGAUGGCAGCAGACUUCCACAAGGAAGUCCCCUUUGACGGGAUGUGGAUCGACAUGAACGAACCCUCCAACUUUGUGGACGGGUCGACUCACGGUUGCCCUGACAACCAUCUGGAGAAACCUCCGUAUACACCAGCUGUUGUAGGCGGGAGUCUGUCGGCCAAGACACUGUGUGCCUCUUCCCAGCAGCACCUGUCCACACACUACAACCUGCACAAUCUCUACGGACACUUCGAGAUCAUCGCCUCUCACAAUGCGCUGGUGAGUAUCCGCGGCACGCGGCCCGUCGUCAUCUCCCGAUCGACCUUCCCCAGCAGCGGGCGCCACGGCGGGCACUGGCUCGGCGACAACAAGUCUUCCUGGAAGGACAUGUACUACUCCAUACCUGGCAUCCUAAACAUGAACAUGUUUGGCAUCCCUCUGGUGGGUCCCGACAUUUGCGGUUUCGGGGGCGACACGAACGAAGAGCUCUGCCUGCGCUGGCAGCAGUUAGGGGCGUUCUAUCCCUUCUCUCGCAACCACAACACGCUCGGAGCAAAGUCCCAGGAGCCGAUAGUCUGGAGCGCAGACACCCAGAAGGCCAUCCGGUCGGCGCUGCUGACGCGGUACUUGCUGCUGCCUCACCUCUACUUCCUCUUCCACCGCGCCAGCAAGAUGGGGGAGGCAGUUGCCAGGCCGCUCUUCUUCCAGUACCCCACAGACAGUAACACCUGGGGCGUGGAUACCCAGUUUCUAUGGGGCGACAGCUUAAUGGUCACACCUGUACUGGAGCAGGGUGCAACCAAGGUGACAGCGUACUUCCCCAAUGACACCUGGUACGACUUCUACUCCGGUAGGCCAGUAGUUCCUGUAGGACAGAACGUGACCUUGGAUGCUCCCCAGGACACUAUCAACCUGCAUGUUCGAGGCGGGGUCAUCCUGGUUACCCAGCAACCGGAAACGACAACCACGGCCAGCAGAAGGAACCAGUUUGGGCUGGUUGUGGCGCUGAACCGGACGCUCGACGCCUGGGGAGGGCUGUUCUGGGACGAUGGAGACACUCUCGACACAGAAGGAAAAAAGGAGUUCACCAUGAUCAAGUUCUUCUCAUCAAGGAACACCAUCUCAUCGCAGGUCAUGAUGUCAGGGUAUCCGGGCACCAAGGACAUGACCUUGGGCUCCAUACGCGUGUACGGGGUCGCACACAAGCCGCACACCGUCAUGGCCAACAAGCAAGCUGUGGACUACAGCUAUGUACAGGACGCACAGAUGCUGAGUUUGAACAACUUGACCCUGCCAAUGUCCCAGCCGAUAGAGGCACUGUGGGCAUGAUCUCCAGCCUGAAGACUACUGUAAAUGUAUUUAAUUUCGCAGUAGCGGGAAGGACUUUUCGCGGUGGUUUUUAAGUUCGCGGUAGCACCAUGCACUGUAGUCUCUUACUGCCAUGGAAAAAAUGUUCACGGUGGUUUUAAGUUCGCACUGAAGCGGCCACCGCGAAAACCACGAACGUUAAACCACCGUGAAAGUUUCUGCAUUUACAGUAUUCACACUGCUACCACUUUUAUAGUCUGCAUGUUCCAGAGCUAGGACAUGGCCAGGGUGCUGACAAGUUUCUGUCAUUCUGUUAUGUGAUGGAAACUUGUUUCUGAUGAUGAAUGUGGCCCUUUGGGCUAAGGGCCUCAUUCCACAAGACUGCGAUUAUGCUGUGACUUUGCUGCAAAACUCAGUUGGAUUUGAAUAACCCUUGACUGCAUGAUAAUAAGGAUUGUGAUAUCACGCAAAAUGUAUGACAAAUCAUGAAAAGACAGCAAAGCACGCAAAGCGUAAAAUGAUUUAUUUUUGUCUAUAGAAUUCCUUGAGCGCUCUGCCAACUUGCUCACAGCAAGGUCGCAGUCCUAGUGGAAUGGGGAUGGAAGACUGUGGGUGGGGGGGGGGUAGGGGACAAUUUGCUUAAUGACAAGUAUUAAUGGCUUAUUGGUCGUUCGGUGUAAUAUAACCAGCUGCUGCCGCGCCGUGUGCCUGCAAAGCUGGUGUGUUAUGCUGAACGGCGGUUAUACCGGCUAUAUAGAUACAGACAGAUACAGAUACAGAUACAGAAGUAUUAUACUGUCUAGCUCCUCAGAUUUAUAGUCAGCUAGGCUCUGGAUCUGGAUCUAAAGUGCAAUUGAACUGGCAACUGAUGAAAAGAGAAUUGAGGUAGAUAAGAGGAUCCUUCUGAUCACUAUUUUCAUUGAUUUAGUUUGUAUGGAACAAAUGUCAAGAAGACAUUAUUACACUGAGUGUAAACGUAAACCUAAGUUAGUGUCACCGUAAAAAUGUACAUUUGUGAAGUGUACCGUGGUUAUUCACCAGAAAUAUUUUUGGCAGUGUUUAAGUGUUUUAAAAAGGAGUAAACUCAUAUUGUCAAAUGCAAUGUGAGGCCAUCGUGUAUAUGUAAGCCUGUGUACCUUUAUUUUGGGCACCCAAGAUGUGACUUAAACUGUAUAUGGCAGAGACUGUCUUUCUCCAAUAGGACUGUUUAGCCAUAGCCAAAGGUGCACAGCUGAUGUGAGUUAGAAUAUGGUUAAUAUUGAAUGUUGGAAGCCAUAUUGACAAUCUCCCUAAGCUUGAUAUGAAUUUGAAUAUUCGUUCAAUGUUUUAGAUAUUCCAGCAUUAUCAAAAUAUGUAUAUUUUUGGUGAAAAUCAAUGUUGUAUAUGUCUUCCCCUAAAAAUACAGAAAAAACAAUUUUGAGACCCUUUGACAAUAGGUAGUAUACUAAAUUUGAUGGGUUUUGGAAGCCUUCAGUUGACUUGUCUAGAAACCAGUCAGUGAUUCCGGAUUGAAGAGUAUCUAAAGAAGAAAUUUAAUUAUAUGUAUAUUGUAUUAACGUAUGAUUUGAAUGAUUCAACAAGCACAACAUCUAAACUUUUUGUUUCUCAGAGAUUUUGUGAGAAGAUUUCUUUGUGAUAAUAGGAAAUUGUUUUAGAAUGAUUUCAUCAUUCAAUGAUCGAAAAACGGACUCCG